CAGUAUCCAAGAUUUAGCAUAAACCCACCCUUUUUUUUGUAUAACACACUUUGUAUCAUGAAUUUAAUGACGUCUCCCGCUAAAUUCAAAGUUGUCCUGAUUGGCGAUGCUAGUGUAGGAAAGACUACAUUUAUACAUCAGAAUGUUGGUGGGAGUUUCACAAGCGGAUAUCACCAAACUAAGAGAUAUGAAAAGCGGGUGGUCUCAUUUGAUAUAAUAGACCAACCUGCCGUCGAUUUUGAUGUCUGGGACAUACCUGGUGGUCAUGGUAGAGCAUCCACGAGAGCCAAGUAUCUGAAAGAUGCAGAUGCAGCCAUCAUCAUGUUUGACCUGUCUAAACGGUCAACGCUUGAGAAUGUAGUAAACUGGCAUAGGGAGCUCAUGGACGCAACGGGAAAACCCAUCCCUUUCGUCGUUUAUGGCUCAAAAAAGGACAUAACCGGGGCAGCCAGAGAAGUCAGCCCAGAAUCCAUCACAUGGCCUACUGAGAUGCAGCCAGUUGAAUUUAUCAAGGGAUCAAGCAGGACAGGAUGGCACGAUCUCAGAAGCCCUUUUCUGGCACUUGCGCGACAGCUUUAUAAAGACUCGAAACUGGAUUUUGUGGCCCAUGAUAUUGAUCAUGAGCUAUAUGAGCAAUAUCGAAAGGAAAUGAUCGUUUGUGGCAGUGCGCCUUUACCGGAGGAGUGUGAUUCUGAUCUAUGAUACAUUUAUAGAAAUACCAAUGCAUCCGUUCGAAGUGACAGGAUGUCAGAGCCAGGCAUCUCUAGGGUUUAAAGGAUGGGGCCAGCUUUUAGAUAGAUGACGUGAUUAGGGCGAUUUUAUGAGCAUAUGAUAGACAGGGUAAGCAAUAUGGACGGUUAUAUGUCAGUGUCGUAUUAGACUAAUCAGUGAGCGGGUAAUACUGUAGUGGCAAACAGUCCCCACUUCCAAUGAAAAAUGCAAUCCCAAUGGCUG